UUGUCCAUCUGUAGCGAGUACACAGCCAGAUUUCCGACUGGGGAGUGCCAGGAAGAGGACUGUACGCGUCCCUACAAAGGGGGCGGCCACAUAGAUAGCCGGGUGUGGACUACAAGUCCCAGAGUGCAGCGCGGCCGGUAGAACGCAGGACGGGGAGACGUGCGCUCAGUAUUUGCAUGAAUGGGUGUUGGAGGAUGUUCCCGAAGUGAAUGAGAGAGCGGAGUGUAGGGGAAGAUCCAUCCGCCAUCAGGCGCUCCUGGCCCCGGGAGCUGGGCAGUACGGGGAGCCGAUAGACGCCGCUCAGCAGGACGGAGAUGCCUCGGGACGAUAUGACCUCCCCGCUCAUCCAGAGGAUCGCCCGCCAGGCUUUUCUGACUUUUCGCGGCCUGGGCUCGGCCGACCCCGGGAAGGGCUUCUCAGAGAACCAGGCGCAGCUCCGGAAGCUGGUGAGCGAGAUCCGAGCCGAGGACUUGAAGAUCCGGCCGCGGAAGAACAAGGGUUCCACCCCGCCGAUCUCCGUCCCGCACAACCCGCCCGUCACCUACAUGCACAUCUGCGAGACGGACGCCUUCAGUAUAGGGGUGUUCCUGCUCAAAGGCGGCACCAGCAUCCCUCUGCACGACCACCCGGGGAUGCACGGCAUGCUCAAGGUGCUGUACGGCAAGGUGCGCAUUAUGGGCUUCGACAAAAUGGAGGCGCCCGCAGACCUGCCACCCCCGCCGCAACCCUACCAGAGGGGCUCGCUGCUCCGGGCUGCCCUGCGCUCCAGCGGGGACUACGGGGACGGCAGCCCACCCUGCCUGCUCAGCCCGCACCGGGAUAACCUGCACCAGAUUAGCGCUGUGGACGGGCCCGCCGCCUUCCUGGACAUCCUGGCUCCCCCCUACGACCCGGACGAUGGCCGGGACUGUCACUACUACAAGCUGCUGCCGCCGCCAGAGCACCCCGAGCCCGGGGAGGAGGGAGCACAAAAGGCGGCUGAGGACGGAGUGCACCCCCGGGAGGUGUGGCUGCUGGAGAUCCCCCAACCCGAUGAGUUCUGGUGUGGUGGAGAGCCCUACCCGGGCCCCAAAGUCUCUAUGUGACCCCUCUACAUCUCCACCAAUCACAGAGCCUGGAACAGUCAUGGGGGACCAUGAGCUCACUGACCCCGCCCCUACUGGGGUCACCCCUCUGCCUCCUCCACCAAUCAUAGCUGGGACUGCAGAGACCCCCUACACAGGUCUGUCAUCCAGGUUGAUGGAGGAGGGCCUCCUGCCCCUUGUGGGGUCACCAUUGUCCCCCACAGCUGGGACUGCAGAGACCCCCUACAGAACACUGUCAUUAGAAGUGGAGCCCCUGUCGCUAAUGGGGUAACCAUAUGUCCUUUCACCAAUCACAGCUGGGACUCCAGAGACCCCUACAGAACACUGCUCUGUCAAGUGGAGAAGUGAAGCCCCCUGAGCCCUGCUGCUAAUAGGCUCCCCAUGUCCCCC